CAGCCCUAGCCCCUAGCAUCCCUUCUCCCCAAGGCUCCACCCCAACCACACGAUCCUGGUCCUCGCAGGCUCCACCCCCGCACCUCAAGCCUUGCUCCCUGUCACUGUCGCGCCUGGGUGUUUACCUAGCCCUUAGGUGAGUCAUUCGCGGUGGCGGUUUCGGUCUGAGCCGCCCGCCUCUUCUCUCGGUGUGUUCCUCAAACCCCGACAGCACCGGGGAGCCCCAGACCAAAGGCGGCGGGGUCCCCAGCCCGGAUCCCGCCUCGCUGCUGCUGCCCGCGUCCCCCGCCCAUACACCCCAGACGGCAUCGCGGUCGUCCCAGGACGCGACGACAUGCCCGAGCUGGUGGUGACGGCGCUGCUGGCGCCGUCGCGCCUCACUCUGAAGCUGCUUCGUGCCUUCAUGUGGAGCCUCGUGUUCUCGGCGGCGCUGGUGGCCGCAGCUGUCUAUGGCUGCAUCGCCCUCACGCACGUGCUGUGCCAGCCCCGACGCGGCUGCUGCGGGCGCCCCCGGCGUACCCCACCCGCCUGCUUGAGCGACCCCACGCUGGGCGAGCACUGCUUCCUGACUCUCAGGAGUUCGGGCCUGCGUCUGCACUAUGUCUCCGCUGGACAGGGCAACGGGCCUCUCAUGCUGUUUCUGCAUGGCUUCCCGGAGAACUGGUUCUCCUGGCGCUACCAGCUCCGGGAGUUCCAGAGCCGCUUCCAUGUGGUGGCUGUGGACCUGCGGGGAUACGGCUCCUCUGAUGCACCAAGGGACGUGGACUGUUACACCAUCGAUCUGCUGAUGGCAGACAUCCAGGAUGUCAUUCUGGGCCUGGGUUAUUCCAAGUGCAUCCUUGUGGCCCAUGACUGGGGUGCACUCCUAGCCUGGAAUUUCUCCAUCUACUACCCAUCCCUGGUGGAGCGGAUGGCAGUGGUCAGCGCUGCCCCCAUGUCGGUGUACCAAGACUACUCUUUGCACCACAUGGGCCAGUUCUUCCGUUCCAACUACAUGUUCCUGUUCCAGCUUCCCUGGCUUCCCGAGAAGUUGCUGUCCAUGUCUGACUUCCAGAUCCUGAAGACCACCCUCACCCACCACAAGAGGGGCAUCCCACAUUUGACCCCCAACGAGCUCGAGGGCUUCCUUUAUGGCUUCUCACAGCCUGGUGGCCUCACUGGGCCCCUCAACUACUACCGAAACCUCUUCAGGACCUUCCCCCUGGAGCCCCAGGAGCUGGCCACACCCACCCUGCUGCUGUGGGGGGAGAAGGACCCCUAUUUUGAGCAGGGGCUGGUGGGGGCCAUCAGCAGCCGUUUUGUGCCAGGCCGGCUGGAAGCCCACAUCCUGCCAGGCGUGGGGCACUGGAUCCCCCAGAGCAACCCUGAGGAAAUGCACCAGUACAUGUGGGCCUUCUUGCAAGACCUGCUGGACUAGCGGCGCUCGCUCACUGGCUUGCAUGCACCCGGGCGUUCUCACAGUGUAUUUACACGGGUGAACUUCUGAUGCACACAGGUGUGGAGCUCCUAGAUUGCACACAAGUGUAUCUGUGGGUGCCCUCAGGCGCACCAUCCCCAUAUGCUCACGCACAGUCAUGAGUGUAUGCAUGUGUGAGCAAGCACUUUGACCCCAGGAACCAGGUACGCCUCUCUGUGGAGCCGGAUGCUGAGUGUCCCAUCUCUCCCCUCCAUGAGGCCCCACUCUUCUCACCAAAGGCAGUGCCCAGAGUUGCAUAGACCAUGAACUCUGACCUGGCUUCCACCUCCAGUCUGAGUCUUCAGCUAAAUACUGCUCUGUCCAAUAUAGUACUGGUAGCCACGACUGGUUAUGUCAAUUUAAAUGCCAAUUAAUUAAAAUUAAAUACGAUGAAAAAUUCA